AUGUUUAUAGGUGCCAGUGAAGUUAUCUCGCGAUAUUGGUAUACGUUUCCCAACGUUGCCGGGUUUUUCAUCGAACACAGUACGUCGAGAUGCAAAUCUGACUGCCGGCGUUCCGGCAGUGACAAGCGCUAG